CGAUGGGAGGAAGCCACCUGGCAAGGGCGCGAAGGCUGUUGGUCGCUGGGAUUUGUGUCUCCUACCCCGCCACGUCUCUUCAGCUCCGUCUCCUACCGUCCCUUCCGUCACCCUCACCUCGCCGCGCCGCUGACGCCCUCGCCGGGGACUUUGUGCCUUCAAGGGACGGUGCUGCCAGGCCUGCGCCUCCCGGGGUCCAUGCAGUGCGGGGCGACGCGCGGGGCGGUGCCGGCGUUGCUGCUGCUGCUGCUGUGCGCGCCAAGCCUCCUCGCGAGACAGAAUGGAACUGACGAAUUGGAGCAGCAAGGUGAUACAGUGGUAGCGUGGUUGGUGCUGGGCAGCACGGAGGGCCACGGGCCGGUGCGAUGGGGGCCGCAGGCAUUCUGUUCACCUGGGAGCUACGCCGUUGCCUUUCGGCUGAAGCUGGAGCCGAUCAUGUUCCAUGGUGGUUUUACGGCUUUGAACGGCGUGAAGCUCUACUGCAUCGAAAGGGAAAAGGGGCGGCGGGACCACAAUAUUACGUCAACCCUCGGAUAUUGGGGGCUGUGGGGAGACGUGUUCACGUGCGCCUCGGGGCUCCUCGCUGGGGUACGGAUGAGGGUGGAGCAGCCGUGGGUGGACGAGAGGGACAAGUUUGCCGCUAACAACCUCGCCAUGGAGUGUGAGAACGGCGAGAGGAUGACUGGGGACGGCACGGACAGGGGGCGCUGGGGCGAGUGGCAGCGCUGCCCCCAGGGUAGCGCCAUCUGCGGCCUGGCGACGCAGGUGAAGCAGCCUCAACACAUCUUCGACGACGACGCGUCCCUCGUGUCAGCGGCCUUCUACUGCUGCUCGGUGUGAGGGUCGCCGGGGCAGCGGGAGUCAUCACUCGAUGGAUCACCAUUGGGAAGGGAGUCAGCACUGUAAAGCAAAGAGUCAGCACUGUAAAGCAGAGUUAGCACUAUAAAGGGUCACCACUGCAGAGUCGUUAUUGUAAAGAAAGAAAGCAUUGUGUAUUAAUUCAGCGCUGUGAAGGGUUAACUUUUUGAGGCUCAGCAUUUUUUAGGGUUAACAUUGUAAGGGUCAAUACUGUAAAUAGCUCAGUAAAUGGUGAGCAGCUGUGUGGUGAGCACAGUCAGUGAUCAGCACUAUAAGUCAUCAGCACCUUCAGAGUCACCACACCGUGGCCUCUCUUCCCUCGGCCGCUUCCCCACGCCAACCCAGUGCAGUAAUGUGUGCCGGGGGAACAGGGAUGGGAUGUUUGAGUUUCGGGGUUGUAAGGACUAUAAUGUUUGUACCAGUCAAGAGGCAGGAGUAGAAUUGGUGGUAGCUCUAGUGGUGGUGGUACUAUAUAGUAGUAGUAGUAGUAGUAGUAGUAGCGGCGAUGGGUAUCAUGGAUUGAGACAGGAUAUUUGUAUGCAGGUAUGUAGUCCUGUGCACUAAAAUUAUUAGUAUUAUUGUACUGUUGGUGAGGUUAAUUUAUUCUAAAUGAAAGGCCCUAAGCUGGAUCUCUUUUUGAGCCACUCCCCACACCUCUUUGUUCACAAUUUGUUUCCUAUGUAUUCACCCCACUACUCAU